GCUGCGGCGCGGGGGGCGGCGCCAGCGGGCUGAGGCGAACGCGGCGGGACCGCACCCCGGGCGCUGCGCUGCGCCGCGGGGCUCGGGGGGCCGGGCCGGGGCGGCGCCUCUGCCGGCCGCGUCUCCUCCUUCCCCGCCGCCGCCGCUGCGGCUCCCUCCCUCCUCCCUUCCCUCCUCCCGCCCGGGUCCGGCGCUGCCCUGCCCGCUCCCGGCGGUCGCGGCAGCGCCGCCGCUUCCUGCCGGGGCUCCCCGCUCUCCCUUCCCUCCCCGCCCGCUCCGCCGCCCCCCGCGGCGCCCCGCCAUGGCGUGAUCGCGGCCAUGGGGCUGGCCCGGCGCCGCCGCCUGCCCCCGGGCGCUGCGCCGCUCCCCCGGGCCCGGACCCCGCGCCGCCGCCGCCGCCGCCGCGCCCCGCCGCGCCCCCGCGGCGCGCUGACCGCCGCCUCUCCUCCUCCGCCCCCGGCCGCCGCCGCCCGGCGACGAGCGCGGCCGUAGUCCCCCCUUCUCCCCCCCCGCCGCCGCCCGCGCUCCCGCGCCGUCGGGCCCGGCGCGGCCGCCAGCCCCGGCCCGCCGCGGCGCGGCCUCCCUCGCCAUGUGAAGCUCGGGAAGAUGCGGAGGCGCAGCCCGGCCGCCCGCGGCGAGGGAUGAGCCUAGACGGGGAGAAGAUGACCGAGGAAGCCUACCCUGACGAUGACAGCUACAUUGUGCGAGUCAAAGCUGUGGUCAUGACCCGAGAUGACUCCAGUGGGGGAUGGUUGCCGCAAGAAGGAGGCGGUCUCAGUAGAGUUGGCGUCUGCAAGGUCACGUACCCGGAGGGCAAUGGAAGAAGUGGAUUUCUAAUCCAUGGUGAAAGGCAGAAAGACAAACUGGUGGUGCUGGAGUGCUUUGUGAAGAAGGACCUGGUGUACACGAAGGCCAACCCCACCUUCCACCACUGGAAAGUCGACAACAGAAAGUUUGGGCUCACUUUCCAAAGCCCCGCUGACGCUCGAGCCUUCGACAGAGGAGUGAGGAAAGCCAUCGAGGACCUCAUCGAAGGAUCUACCACUUCCUCGUCCACCCUUCACAACGAGGCCGAGGUCGGCGAUGAUGAUGUCUUCACUAAUGCUACAGAUAGCUCCUCCAACUCCUCUCAGAAAAGGGAACAGCCUGUGAGAACUCUGGCUUCUCCUGCAUCCUGCGAACAUCGAAGAAUUUGCACUCGUGGACACCUUCACGACCAUUACAGCUCUGACCACUACCAUCUAGAACAAUCAGUAGGACCACGCUCCUACCGGCACGUCAACUUUCCAGACGACGAUGAGGAGAUAGUGCGCAUCAACCCUCGGGAAAAGAUUUGGAUGACUGGCUAUGAGGAUUAUCGCCAUGCCCCAGCGCGAGGGAAGAACUUCGAUCCCGACGACAUGGACUCCUACGUACGUUUUGCCAAAAGCGAGGCCUCGAAACACGAAUACACUUACCCUUACGUAGACAACUCGGACUUUGACCUGAAUGAAGAUACCAAGGGUGCUGUGAUAAAGACUCAACCUGUCAAAUUCAAGCCCAGGCGGAAGGAGGACGGGGAGAGGUCGCGGUGCGUGUACUGCAGGGACAUGUUCAACCACGAGGAGAACAAGCGGGGUCAGUGCCAGGAUGCUCCGGACCGCGUCAAGACUUGCAUCCAUCGAGUGAGCUGUAUGUGGUGCGCAGACACUAUGCUCUAUCACUGUAUGUCCGACCCAGAAGGAGACUAUACAGAUCCUUGCUCGUGCGACACCAGUGAUGAAAUGUUUUGCCUCCGGUGGAUGGCCCUUAUCGCCUUGUCUUUCAUUGCUCCAUGUAUGUGCUGUUACUUGCCGCUUCGGGCUUGUUACCACUGUGGGGUCAUGUGCAGGUGCUGUGGUGGGAAACACAAAGCUGCUGGAUGACUACAGAUGCAUUCAAAGUGUUAGGUUUGUCCUGUAGUUCAAGGAACACGUUGGUUUUGGAGCACUGAGGUCACUCACUUUAAUGCAGCCACUGUGCCCGACAGCAUCCGGAAACCACCAGUAUGGAUCACUUCACAUUGGGUCAUCUGGGGCUCACACUGCAUUGAUUUGCUCAUCAACUGUUCUAACUAACUAACCUACAGCAUAGACUUUUGUAUUAUUAAUCUGUAAUCAAAACAGACUGUCUUGUACAUGUUUAUAUUUUUUUUUUUUUUUUCAUUUAAAAUGAGUUUGAGAGAAGAACUGCUUUAAAUGGUGGUGGAUUGUAGAACAUCUCCAGGUUGUGUCUGUCUUGCCUCUGCUUGUGUGGUACCAUCAGAGUGUUUAGCAAGCUUUGGCAUUUCUAGAAAUGGGGCGGUGUAGUGAAUGAGAUCUCACUUGGAAGAUAUUUUAACUUACUGUCAAGCUAUUGUGUGUGUAUAGAAGGUGUGCUAGUAACAAACUUGUACCACAACACAGUAUUUCUGUCAGUGGUUUUCUUUGGGUUUUUUGUUCCGUUUUCCAAAGCUAAAAUAGCCAUCUAAGCUGCAGUUUCUCUUCUCGGGUCCAUCAUCAUUUCCUUCAGCAAACAUCUUAAAUUAUUUCUCUGUUCGUAAAGCUCUGUGAACAGAAAGUAAGGCUCAGUUACCAUAGUCACAUAACCAUUGAGAAUCUGGUAGUCCUCCUUACCUGUAAUCAUUUCAGACCACUACUUGAAAGGGAAACUUAAAUUUUAGGCUUUUCUUUUUUCCCUAAAUAACAUUGGAAAAAUGUGUUUUCAGAGCUCUGCCCAAAAAGAAAGGGAACUUCUUCAUUAGCCAGCAAUGUAGAGAUCUGUGAAUAAAACACUAAGGUUCCAGAUGAGGAAAAUUGUUGAUAUGCAAAGAAUUACUAACAAUGCAAUGUCAAAAGCACUAUUAUGGCAAUUCUGGGGAAAUGCUGCAUUAAGUGGUGGAUUAUAUAGAAAAAAUCGUGUGUGUUUGUUUUCUGUAUACAUGAGCAUGAGAACAUUCGCGUCCACUGUAGUAACAACAUUUAGCAAUCUAAGCAGGUAUUUAAAAAAUCCAAAGCCAGGGUGUUACCUACCACUUUGCAGUCUGUGACCUGCACUCCCAAUCUGCCAGAUACUUCCACAGCACGCUGCUGUGAGCCUGUGUGUGGGAUUGGAGCAUGUGAGUCUUUGCAGGAGCCAGACUGAGGUGUCUGCCUGGCUUUCCCCCUCCCCAGUUCACCACCCAGGUUUAUCAAGUGGAUGCAUAAGGUGCAUACAGCAGGAUAAAUAUUACUUUUGAUUUUUUUUUUCUUUUUUUAAUUAUUUUUUUUUAAAUGUCAUGUUGUCUUGUGUACAAGGCUUGUAAUUAGCUUGGAAAAAGAGUAUUUUUCUAAUAUAUUACAAGGAAUAGCCAAAUAAUUUUUAUUAAAAAAUAAAAAAAAAUGAUUUAGCGCAGUGAGCUCUAACUAGCAUAGUACAAUCCGAAUACUUUGAGGCAGCUAGGGAUUGGCUUGUCAAAGCUGGCACUGCUGUUCCUGCCAUAAUUUCUUUCUGCAGUAAAUUGCCAGUGGGCGCAUGUCCUUUCCCUCCCUCUAUUGCACAUUGACAUCAGUCUUAAAAGAGAGGAUUUUUUUUUUUUUAAAGAAUUAAUUUGCCAAAUAAAUGUAAAAGGAAUGCUUGCCAUUCUUUCUUGGUGGAAUGUCCCAACGGUUCCUCUGAGAGUUAAUCACAGCUUUUUAGUCAACCAUUAAGUAUGCAAUGUGCUUAUUAUACACUAUAGAGUUGGGUAGGUUUAAUUCAUAGCAGUUACUGGGGAUUUUUUCAGUUGGAGAAAAAAGAAUUGAAUGAUAGUGGAAAAGGGAUGGAGUGUAACACUCUGGGUGAUGUGUCUGGGUUUGCUGAAUGAAAUACAAAUAUUUUGUGCCUAAUAGCAGUUGACAAAUCUCUCAAUGGUGUCUAGUAAACAUCAAGCCAGCCUCGUAAAAAAAUAAUUAAUGAAACAACCUUUUCCUUUUAUUUCUGUUCUUGAAAGUUGUUUCAUGUAAACAAACACCUGUAAGAUCUUCUCUCUAUAAAGCACAACACUACAAAAAGAUCUUACAGUUUUUUGUCCGGUCUUGAAGUGCCCCUAUUUAUUUAAGUAAAGUAGACAUACUCCAAGCCUUUCUGUAUGUCUGAAAAGAAAAGUUAUUAAAAAAAAAAGUCCCUCUUUUAUUAUUUUUUUUUCUUUCCCUCCUCCUUCCUCCCUCUUCUCUUGGGUUUUUGUAAUACUUGUAGAUUUCGCUGCAUACGUUAUUUGGUUCGUGAUGGCAGUGGUGUAAGGGCACAAGGAUAGAAAUGGGUGGUUUUUUGUAAAUAUUUCUCCUUAAUUUCCACACUGCUGCUGAACAGUGUGUAGCAUUCUCCCAGUCAGCUUUGCAAUACUGACAUCAAUCAUUUGAGAGAAAUUAUUCAGAUUUUAUUUUUGUAUCUGUGGUAACAAAAACAUUAACCAAUUUUUUUUUUCCUGUUGUGGAAAGGUUUUGGUUUUUGGUUUUGUUUUUUUUUUUUUUCCAAGCUAUUGCUCACGUUAACAAAUUAAAGUGCCUGAAGCCUCAUCAUUAUGUAUCUAUAUACUAAAAGUUAAAACCCUGUUGUAUUGAUUUUUAUAAGCCUUUUUACCUCUGUGUAAAAAAAAAUAUAUAUACAAGUGUAUGAUGUACAUUUUAGUUCUUAACUUCUUUUUUUAUUGUUUCUAAUAUGUAUGAUCAGUGUAGCUAUUGCUUUAAAAUGUACCAUGUAAAUACAAAUACAUCAUAUCAAAAUGA